AUGUCCGAAGACCAAGACUAUCAUGAUGAUAUACCACCACCUCCAUACCAGCGGAAUGCACCUUCGACAUCUAGACAAGGUAUAGGAUUACCAGAUCCUCUAUCUUUCACCUCGACAAGCAAUACGUUAGACUCCUGGGCAUCUUGGUCGAGAACCCAAAAGGACAAGAUUGAUAUUUCGCUAAAACUGAAAUUAGAAGAUCAAGAUAAAUCGCUGAACACCUUAGGGGAUUUACAGAAUGGUAUAACACCUGAUGUCAAAGAGUAUGCCAUCGAUCCAAAUGCAAGUGGACCGGUACCUCCAUUGAAUAUUGUGAUUUUCUAUCUGGGUGAUGAGUUCGACCUUAUACCUUUACUAUUGAUCUCAUUGGAACUUAUCAGAAGCCAUUUUCACCGCGUACGAAUAUCUACUCAAGAGAUUCACCGGGAUAUUAUCACAAGGUAUAAAGAGAGAUUAUACGGAUUGAAGGCAAUUGAUGGAGAGAGGUUGGAAGAUCAUUUGGAAUUUUACGAUGUAUUGGCGGGACCUAAGUUUAGUAUAAAGAAUUGGUCGGAUGAUCCCCGUCAGAUGGAAACUACCCUUCGAAGCCUAUAUCGCUCAACUUACUUACCCUGUUCAUCCACCGGUACACCCUUCGCAGCGGAUCUGAUCAUUUCACAUCCUGAUACCUUGGCUCAUGUCCACCUUGCGGAAUUGUAUGGGAUCCCACUUCAUAUCAUAUCUGAUAGACCUAUAUCACCUACCAUCUCAUUCCCGCAUCAUCAGACAACCCUCACCCAAUCCAAUACCCCGGAGAAUCUCUCGAACUAUCUAUCUUAUGCAUUAUCAGAGAAUCUGAUAUGGCGUGAACUAGGCAAAUCGAUAAACAAGAACUUUCGACAAGUCCCUUUAGGUCUUCAAUCACUUGAUGAAAGUACUGGUCCGGCGGUUUUGGACAGAUUGAAGGUACCAGUAACGUAUAUAUGGGAUGGGGAAUUGAGGAAGAAUGAUUGGAAAGGACAUAUAGAUGUUACUGGGUUCGUAUAUGAGGAUGAUACUGUGUAUCGACCAAGUGACGAUUUAUUGAGAUUUCUCGAAAGGAGUGAAUCGGUUAUAUACGUGAACUUGUACUUGGGUACGAUCGAUGCAGCUCUCAAAGAGAGUGUAGUGAGCUCUCUAGCUGGGGGCCUAAAGAAGAUGGGAUAUGCUGCGAUCCUCACUAUCAGAGGGAUGGAAAAUACCGGACAACUUCCCUCGGAUGUAUUUGUUCUAGAUGAUCAAGGAGCAGCUUCUUGGCUGUUAAGCGAUAACAAAGUAUCGGCAAUCAUCUAUGAUGGAAGCUCAUACAUGGCUACUUUGGCUAUAAAAUACUCCUCCCCUUCAAUCGCUAUCACCCUCUCUACAGGAGAUAUGUAUUGGCCCGAGCGAUUAUCCCAUCUGGGAGCGUCCCCUCGUCCAAUCACUCUAUCUCAAGUGACCGUCGAAUCCCUCAGUGUGGCGCUCGACGAAGCUUUAUCUCCCGAAAGGAAAGUGACAGCUAAACAGCUAGCUGAGAGUGUAAAAUCUUCAGAUAGGGUGAAAGAAGCUGUUAAAUCGAUUCAUCGUCAUUUGCCAUUACUCAAUAUGAGAUGUGAUAUAGCGCCUCAAUAUAAUGCGAUAUGGUAUCAUCCCAAAUACAAUGUCCUCUUAUCGUCGGUAGUUGCCGGUGUAUUGGUCGAACAAGGUAAAUUGGAAUUUAAGGAAUUACUUUUGAAUCGUCCCAAGGAGUAUGCUGUUACUCAAGCGGAUUCAGAUCCGAUGAUAGGUGGUGUGCAAGCUUUCUUCUUAGCUUUGAGUGAAUCGAUACAGAAUGUAAAACAUCUAUUUGGAGGUGAUCCCCCUUCGAGAAAGGUAGACAUAUCCUCUCAACAAAUUUAUUCGAUAUACAACGAAUCCCAAACAAAACCAACUACUCAAACCAAUUAUUGCCCUCAACCGAUCACAGACUUCAAAUCUGGUAUGAAAGAGGCUCGAAGGGAGAUGACAGAGGGAGUGAAAGAUGGUGUAAAAGGGUUUGUCAAUGGUCCUUUGGAUCCUCUGAAAAGAGGUAAUCUCAUCGGAGGUGUAUUUGGAUUAGUAGGUGGGAGUAUAGGCCUAGUAACUCAACCUCUAUCAGGUGCCAUUCGUUCAGUAGAAUCUACAACUCGAGGAAUAUCUUCUGAAAUUUCCAAUCCUAAACCUAAACAACUUGCACCUACUGCUGCUACUUCCCCUGCGGACGUAUUGCGCAAACCCCGUAUGGAGAUUAGUAAGUCCCAUGCGAGGUUUAUCAGUAUACAAAGUAAGAGGGAUAUCUUAGAUAGGUGGAAGGAAUGUAAGACUUUCGAGAGCGUUUUGGAGAGAAGGAAGAGGAGAGAAGAGAUCUUGAGUGGACGUGGAAGUGGUGGUGGAAGUGGGAGUGGCAGUGGGACUGCAUUACCAAGGGAUGGGAUUGUCAUUGAAUAUACGGGAGAUAUGUCAAGUGGGAGUGGGGAGCAAGUUGGAGAGAGGAAAUGGUGGAAAGGAAAAGGUAGAGCUUGA